CGGCCAGCCCACCGCGAAUCGACCACAGCUCCGGCACCGGGAGGACGGCGCUGCUCUCUCCGGUACCCGAAUCCUCCCUUCUCCUGACACCUCUUCCGCUUUUCUCGCUCGCUCGGAGGGGCAUGGAAGCUGGAGCCUUGGCCCUUGGGUGUUCCUCCCCACGCCCGCCGUGGUCGUCCGGCCAUCAGGCGCUUACGGCAGAUCGACGCCUGCUCCGGCAACGGGACGGCGCUGCUCUCUGGCGCCAUCCUCUUCCUCUCUUGCUAGCCCCGGUUCUUGGUUUGGGUUUCCGUCUCGGCUCCCGCCGCGUCCGCUGGGCAUGCGCGCCAGCCGUUCGACGCAUUGCCUCUGCGCUGGGGGUGGUGCUGUGCCGUGUUUCUUCUCGUUGUGUUCUGUUGGAUGGUUGAUGUUCGAUGAAAGGGCAGCGGUCGCUGAUGAUGUUGUUUCUUUGCACUUGCAGGGACGAUGGCGGCAGAGGAGAUAUCACACUGGCAGCCGGUGCGGUCAUGGUCGUCCAUCCCGCUCGACCUGGCCGGCAUGGUGCUCCGCCUGCUCCACUCGUACGCCAACCGCGCCCGCUUCGCCGCGGUGUGGUUCGCUCGUGGAGGGACGGUGGUGGCACAGAAGAAACCCAAUUUGCAGCCGCCGGCGCUGUCGUGGUCGUCCAUCCCGCUCGACCUGGCUGGCCUGGUGCUCCGCCUGCUCCCCGCGCACGCCGACCGUGCCCGCUUCGCGUCAGUGUGCCCGCAGUGGCGUGCCGCCGCGAGGCAGCAGCUGCUGCCACCGCCACUGCCGCUGCUUGCGCUCCCUGAUGGCACCUUCUACAGCCUCCCCUAUACCAAGCCCUUCCGUUUCCCUGGCUGCGGCUUCGCCGGGUACCAGAGUGCCUGCGGCAGCUGGCUUGUCUUCCCCCGCGACGACGGGUGCUUCCUGGUUGAUCCCUUCUCUAGGGAAACAGUGACGCUCCCUCCUCUCUCCAGCGUCCGACUCCGGCCUCCAAAUGCAGUCGCUAAAUGGUCGUAUGAGCAUGGGGCAAAAGUAGCUGACCCUUAUGUCACAUGGAUGCAUAUGAAGGACUCAGACAAGCUGCACAUAAGUAAGCUAGUCGUGUGCUCACCAAAUCUUGUUGCUGCCCUUGUCGGCAUUGGAUACACCAGUCAGAUUCUAAUGUGCCAGCCAGGGGCCUUGUCGUGGUCAGUACGUGCGUACGAUCGGUGCAAGAGGUUUGAAGACAUGUCAUUCUACCAGGGCAAGCUCUACGCCCUCACCAAAGGCAAGAACCUUCUUGUGGUGAACAUCAGCGACGACCAUAGCACCGGGGAUCCACAGGUUUCUCGUAUUGGACAAGCCAUCAAGGGUGAUCCAUGGUAUUCAAUUGCGUUCACCAACAACACUAUGCUCUGCAAGAAGCUCUACCUGGUUGAAUCCUGUGGGGCACUGCUGAUGGUACGCAGGACGAUUGUGUGCCGGGUUCCUGAACCUGGGCUGUAUAGUGAAGCUGUUGCUGGAUGGAGUGCGUUUGAGGUUUUCAAGGCUGACUUUGAGCAUUCGCGGUGGGUCAGUGUGUCUACCGUGGGGGCUAACCAGGUGUUGUUUCUAGGGCGAAGGUGCUCCAGGGCUGUGUCCUUGUCUCCGUAUGGGGUCCUGGGUGCAGGUGAUCAGAUCUCGUUCUUGGAUGAUGAUGAGGAAAAUCGUAUGGAGUAUGGGUAUGGCUAUGACAAGGAGAACGCUUCUUUUGGCACCUAUGACAUAAGAUCUGGCGGGUUCAGUUCUGUUCACCCAAAGAUUUCAUGGAAGCGUGGCGAUGAAAUGCGUCUGGCAGCAUGGCUCUUCCCUCAUGACUGAACUGCUGUUAUUUCUAUGCAAGCUGCUACCAGGUUAUCAGACCGUGCUAUAGAUGUUAUUGUUCAGUGGUUAUUUUGCAAGCUGCUCAUAUGUUAUCUAUCUUACCAUGGUAUGUAUGGUAGUUACUGGUUGGUAUGGUGUUCAGUGAACCCAUUCAAGCCAUGAAAUGCAUUAGCAGUACUGGUAUGGUUAUCAGCACUAAUGCCUGAACUCAUUACGGUGGUUACUAUUCAACUUGUUAACUGCAUCGGUUUUCAACUAGUACCGUGGUUGUUUCUGUGCCUACAAAUAUGGUCUGUUUUACAUGAACUAGGUUACUCUGUUAGCUGCAGAGCAUCAGUAAUCGUCUGAAGUAAUUAUGGUUGUUACUGUCUAAAUUGUUAUUGCAUUGGUUUUCAGCUAGUGCCGUGGUUGUUGUGCAUAUGGAAGAUUUGCGAUGUUUUUGGCAUGGUGGCCUCUGACUCCCUAUAGUGGUAGAUUUGCUUUGUGCUCAAGUAGAUAUCUUGUGAUGAGCCUUGUGCAGCUGUGUGAUUUGAACACAUA